GUGUGGAGGGAGCUGCUUGAAAUGCAAAGCGCAUUGCGCAGCCGCGUCGUGAUUCUUGCGCUCGAUUCCUGGCGCAGCUAUAAAUGACAGCCUCUGCAGCCUUUUCACUUUUAGUCUCAAGGUGUCAACGCAGGCGCAAUGAACAACCACCACUGGCUGAGCUUUCUGCUGCUGCAGCUGCUGCCACUGCUCUGUGUGGCAAACACCAUCAAGGAACGCAAUUUGUUUGCCACCGAACUCUUUCAGACCCUGGCCACCGAUCGUCAGGAUGAGAAUGUGAUCAUCUCGCCCAUAUCCGUGCAACUCGCCCUGGGUCUCGCCUAUUACGGCGCCGAGGGCAAGACGGCCUCCGAGUUGCAGAAGACGUUGCAUGCCUCGGCGCAGGAGAGCAAAGACGGGCUGGCCGAGAGCUACCAUCGACUGCUGCACUCAUACAUCAAAUCGAAGACGGUGCUGGAGAUCGCCAACAAAGUGUACACACGCGAGAAUCUCAAGGUGGCGCCACACUUUCGCGAUGUGGCCGCAAAGUACUUUGACUCCGAGGUGGAGAGCAUGAACUUUGAGCAAGAAUCGAAGGCGGUGCAACGCAUCAACGACUGGGUGAAGCACAAGACGCAGGAAAAGAUCGAGCAUGUGGUCGAUAAGUUGGAGCCCGAUACGAAUGUGGCACUCAUCAAUGCCAUCUACUUCAAGGCUCGCUGGGCACGUCCUUUCAAUGACGAUGACACCAAGGAUCGCGACUUCUGGUUGAGUGAAGACAAAGCCGUGCAGGUGCCCACAAUGUUUGCCGAUAAUUGGUAUUAUUAUGCCGACUAUCCGGAGUUGGAUGCCAAGGCAAUUGAGUUGUUCUUCGAGAACAUCAACUUGACCAUGUGGUUCAUUCUGCCCAACCAGCGUAGCGGUCUCCAGCAGCUGGAACAGCAACUCAAGGGCGUGGACUUCAAGCUGCUCGAGGAGCGCUGGCAAUGGCAAAGUGUCGCCGUCUAUUUGCCCAAGUUCAAGUUUGAGUUCGACACCGAUCUGAAGCCCACACUCAAUAAGUUGGGCAUCAAUGCCAUGUUCUCGGCGGGAGCUGACUUCAGCAACAUCUUCGAAGAGUCGCCUAUUGGCACUCGCAUCACCAAGUUGCAGCACAAGACCUUCAUCGAUGUCAAUGAGAUUGGCUGCGAGGCAGCAGGCAUCAGCUAUGCUGCUGGUGUUCCCAUGUCGUUGCCAUUGGAUCCCAAGACUUUUGUGGCCGAUCAUCCAUUUGUUUUCAUCAUUCGCGAUCAGCAUGCGGUUUAUUUCACGGGUCAUAUUGUGAAGUUUUAGGCUAAGCACAACAUUCAUUUAUUCUCACACUUCAAUUAUAUAAUCAUAAUUUGAAAGCAUUUUAAUAAAUUCCAAUUAUUCGAUACUUAUUUAUAAUCAAAGGUUUUGCAAGCAGGUAUAAAUGAUUCUGGGCAUUCUCCCUCAGCGACGAAUUCGAUAUCUAUGGUGAUUAAAAGAGUUAAAGUAGAUGUACAGGUCGAAUCCAUUAGAAAUCUUACUGCUGAGUCCCUUUUGCUUGCGUUCACAGUUUAGUAAUUCAAUAUCCUUUUGGUCGAUGUUCAGGAAACACCCACUAAAAGCGCAGAUAAGCAUUGGCUUCAAGCUCACUCUACAGUUUAUAGGAUUCACUUCUUCUGGCAGAAUUCUAUGUGCUACAGAGAAGAGAUUUAAGUUUAUUAUUAUAUGAAUUAUUUCAAGUAUCGAGUAUAGACCUAGAAGUGUUAGCAGCAACAGCUCGAACUUCAUCUUGAAAUCUCAGAGAAAACUAUGACUGCUAGCUGGAUGAGUGUCCCAUAUAUAAUGGGAAUUACAUUGAUUAUUUCCACUUUGCAAAUCUGUUUUCUUCAUAAUCAAAUUACGUGGUUUGCAUAGCGGCGAUUAUAGCCGACAUCUGAAGCCUCUGCUUAUGUCAAGCUAAAAAUAAACAUAAGCAAUGGAAACAAAAGAAAUUUUUUCGAGUCAAAUGGGCUUACGUGCGACCCAAAAAAUGAAAAAAACAUAAGGUAAUAAGGUAAACAAGAAAUAAAGGUAAACUCAAAACUCAAACAAAACAAAAGGUAAUGCACUCGAAAAGUAUUUGCUUAAUAUUUAAAUAUGAUCAGUCAAGAGGGGAGAGAUCUUAUAUUAUUUUUCAGACUGUUACUUCAACCGACUGCGUUCGAUAUUUGAGCCAAGAUCUUAAGCUGGGGGAUUGGCUUACACUUCGAAAAGUUGAUCGCCCUGACCAAGAAGAUAUAUAGACGCAUUGGACAUCGGAACCCAUUCGAUGUUGUCAUCCGAGAUGCAUCUAAUUGAAUCACUAAGUAGCCAAAGACAUUAGGAUUAGCUAAGUUGAGGUCAGUUCUGGGGUGUAAACGAGUUUCGGGUUACUUCAGUUCGGAGCGAUCAGAUAAUGGUCUGUCCCUUGAAGCAUUUGUGGCAUUUGUUGCAUUUGUUUUAAAAGCGCCUGCGCCUUUAGCUGCACCUGCUGCAACUGGUGCCUGUUGCUGCCAGUUGAUCAAGCAGUGGAGAGAGAGAGAGAGAGAGAGAGAGAGAGAGGGCGUCAGCGAACCCACUUUAAAUUCCAGUCACAAAGCGAACAUGAAACAAAGAAAAACUUGUCAAGCAAUACAAACGAAUCUAACAAAAAGGGACACGCGAGGGAGCGAGAUGGAGCGCAGACGUGCACUUGGACAGUGCUUGACUGACCGCAGGCGAAGCGAGGGCGCGCUGCAAGAAUUACAAUUACAACGACAAUUACAUGCAGCCAGUGCCAGUUGAAGCAACCAGACUGAAGCAAGCGUGCCCAGUAUUUGCUCUCAACAGCGCACAGCGCUUAACCAGUAUUUCUUGCUCACGAGAGCGAGACGAAAAGAGAGAGCAACUAGUGAGCACAGUGAGCUGCUGUCGGAGUUGCAUUUGGCGUUGUUGUUGUUGUUGGUUUGGAGUUGGCGUCGCGCUGCGGCGUUUUGGAGCCACCGCGCUAAAGAGAGCGAGUGCGAGAGAGCGAGAGCUAACGAUCGCAUCGUUUCGUGCAUGCGAAUACGAACGAGGAUCGUUCGCUCAGUCUGUGUAUUGGUGUCAAACGAGACAGACGAAUUUGGCUUGGCGGCAAAAGAGUUUUUAUCGCGUUCGCUUUGCCGUCGUUUGGCUCGCAUUUUCCUGUUGUGCAUGUGCGUGCGUGUUGCGCGCAACUAGCGAAAAUCGUA